AAUUUCUCCUGCUGAAAAAUAACACUAACGACUUCUACUUUCACUUCCGUGUUUACGUUUUCGUGAAAAAUGGGAGAAGCAUCUGACAGAUUUUGCUAUGUUUAUAGCUGCGAUUUGGAUUCAAAUGUUGAAAUUAAGAUUGGAACCCUGGAAGGACAGAGAGAAAGACCAAGAUAUAAAGAAUUAUUAGAUGAUCCGAUGUUGAAAUUUUCUGGUGUUUAUCAAGAUACGUGUUCAGAUUUGUAUGUGACAUGUCAGAUAUUUUCUGAUGGAAGAGCUUUAGGUCUUCCUGUUUCUACAUCUUAUAAAGCUUUCAGUACCAGAUGGAAUUGGAAUGAAUGGAUAAGACUUCCAUUACGAUACAGUGAUCUACCAAGGAAUGCUGUACUCACUUUAACUAUAUGGGAUAUUUAUGGUACAAAUAAAUAUAUACCAGUUGGUGGUACAACCAUGAGUUUAUUCGGUAAAAGAGGGACAUUUUCACAAGGUAUGCAUGAUUUAAGAGUAUGGCCAAAGGUUAAAGCUGAUCCAUCAAGAAUAACAACAACACCGGGUAAAGUUAAAGAUAGUGCAGAUCAGAUGAGUCGCUUAUCAAAGUUAAGUAAGAAACAUCGAGAUGGUCACAUGGUUAAAGUUGAUUGGUUGGACCGGUUAACAUUUAGGGAAAUUGAAAUGAUCAACGAGAAAGAAAAGCGUAAUAGUAAUUUUAUGUAUUUGAUGAUAGAAUUUCCUCAUAUUCACUACGAAGGCACAGAAUUCACAAUUAUUUAUUUUGAAAAGGAUGCUGAUAAACCGUUUGAAUAUAGAACCCAGGCUGAGAUAGUUACUGUACCUGAUCCAGAAAUAUUACUAGAGAAUCUUGUUGAGAGUAAGCAUCACAAGCUGGCCCGUAGUUUACGUAGUGGUCCCACAGAUCGAGAUAUGAAACCAGAUGCCAAAACAAGAGAUCAUUUAAAUAGUAUUGUUGCAUAUCCUCCGACAAAACAGCUUACUUCAGAAGAAGAAGAUUUAGUGUGGAAAUUUAGAUUUUAUCUUUCAACACAAAAUAAAGCCUUGACAAAGUUUUUAAAAUGUGUCAACUGGAGUUUACCGCAAGAAGCCAAACAAGCUCUGGAAUUAUUGAAUCGUUGGUCUCCAAUGGAUGUCGAUGAUGCCUUAGAAUUAUUAGGUCCAGCUUUUACUCACCCUGCUGUUCGCAAAUAUGCUGUUAUGAGAUUACGACAGGCUGAUGAUGAGGAUCUUUUGCUGUUUUUAUUACAAUUGGUUCAAGCUUUGAAGUAUGAGAAUUUUGAGGAAAUUAAACAGGGUUUUGAUGCCGCUACAACUGACUCGAGUCCCUCACCAGAAACACCACCCACACCUGAAAAAGAUAGAUCAUCAAGUAUUAUGUCUAGAUCAACAUCCCAGGAUUCUAUACUGGAAGCGUUAAGUAAUGAGAUAGAUCGUGAUGGUACACCAGAAAAAACUCUAGAAGAUGAGAUGGAUCUGGCAACCUACCUUAUAUCCAGGUCAUGUAGUAAUUUUACUGUAGCUAAUUAUUUUUACUGGUAUUUACAUGUAGAAUGUGAAGACCAAGGAACGGCAGCUAAAGAAGACAUCAAAAUAAAAGAUAUGUACUUAACAGUUUUAAAACGUUUUAGUCAAGCCUUAUCUCAGAGAAGUCAUGACUGUAAAGUGAGACGAUCAACUUUAGCCAGCCAACAGAUGUUUAUCGACCGUUUAGUUAAACUAGUUAAAAUAGUCACUAGAGAAAGUGGAAAUAGAAAGAAAAAGAUUGAAAGAUUACAAGCCUUAUUACAGGAUGUUGAUGUAUGCAAGAUGAAUUUUGCCGAUUUUGACAUGCUACCUCUACCGUUAGAUCCUGACGUUAAAGUUACAGGAAUCAUUCCUGAAAGCGCUACACUCUUUAAGAGUGCUCUGAUGCCAUGCCGACUUACAUUCCGUACCAGUGAUGGCCAUGAUUUUGUUACUAUAUUUAAACAUGGUGACGAUUUGAGGCAAGAUCAGUUGAUUUUACAGAGUAUACAGUUAAUGGAUAAGCUUUUAAGAAAAGAGAAUUUAGAUUUAAAGAUGUCACCAUAUAAAGUUUUAGCUACAAGCAGUAAACAUGGUUUUGUGCAAUUUAUAGAGUCUUUUGCUGUAGCAGAGGUAUUAGACAAAGAUGGAACAAUUCAAAAUUUCUUCCGCAAGCAUGCACCAUCAGAGAAUGGUCCUUAUGGAAUAGCACCAGAAGUUAUGGAUAAUUAUGUUAAAAGUUGUGCUGGCUAUAGUAUUGUUACAUAUUUACUGGGAGUUGGGGACAGACAUCUUGAUAACUUACUUCUCACAACAACUGGGAAAUUAUUUCACAUAGACUUUGGAUACAUCCUCGGACGAGAUCCAAAACCCCUACCACCUCCAAUGAAAUUAAGCAAAGAAAUGGUGGAAGCAAUGGGUGGACCAAAUUCUGAACAUUUUCAUGAUUUUAAAAAAUACUGUUACACAGCAUUUUUAGCCUUGAGAAGAUCUUCAAAUUUAAUAAUGAAUUUAUUUUCUCUGAUGGUUAAUGCUAAUAUUCCUGAUAUUGCCUUAGAACCUGAUAAGACAGUAAAAAAGGUACAGGAAAAAUUUGUAUUGCAUUACACAGACGAAGAAGCUGUUAGUUAUAUACAAAGUUUAAUUGAUGUCAGCACGUCGGCAAUGAUGCCAGCAUUAGUUGAACAAUUACAUAAAAUGGCACAAUAUUGGCGAAAGUGAGACAAUGUGAUAUGAUUUUUAAAAUCACUCAAGUGCAAUAAACAUUUUAUAAAUGAAGAUGUGCUAAUUUGUUCAUUCAUUAAUUGGGUGAAAGCUUAAAAAAAACUUCAGCAACAAAAUUACUGAGUGGACAAGUAAUACAAGUAUGGAGUAUAUUUUAUUGUCUUCCUAUUUCAUCAAAUUCACAAAACAAAGCACCAUUAAAUUGAACAGCAAAAUUCAAAUGGUAUUUGAAUAUGUAAAUACUACAUUCCAUUGUUAAAUAAUUUACACUACAUUAUUUCAUACCUGUAUAUUUUUGGUAUGUGUAUUUAUAGCCCACAUCUUCACAAAUAAAUAUUAUAUAACUUGUUA